GGAGCACAUAACAGACUUGAUGCCAUUUUUAACACAGCAGAAAUAGACUCACUUCAGAAGACAUGGCGGACGGGACCAGGAUAUGCCUCUUCACCAUGCUGGUGGUGCUGCAAGUGGUUACAUUAUCUGCACAAAACCCAUGCGAGAGUCCGGUGUUUACAAAUGGGAUGGUGUUUGAAGCUAUCCCGGAGAACAGUCCAGAAAACACAACCAUUGUGGCGAACAUGUCGUUCGCGGGAACAGCAGUAGGCCCUGGCCAGACCAUCGAGCUGACUCUCCAGGACUCCAGCGACAAGGACUGGGGUCUGCUGGUAGAGGAGCUUCAGCAGCUCAGGCUACGACUUGCGGGGAAGGUCUUGGAUAGAGAUGUAAGUGUUGACUUUAUCAAUCCUUGGUGA